ACAACGCACUCUCUCACAGCUCUUUGAAAAUAAAUAAAAUAAUAAAAAACAAUAAAAAGAGAAACACCACUAGUUUCAGCUAACUAAAGUUGACCGACGGUUGGUGCCGUAAUAAUGGCGAAGGGCAGAGAGCUCGGCGAGCGACACUCCGUGGCCGGACCUUUGACACGCGUGAACUCCGGUGGCGCGGACCGAUCCGAAACCUUGUGACCCGGUACCACAUUUUAGUGCUGGCAGUUACGUAACUGUUGGGAGAAUCUUCCAGACAGACUGACUGAGGGAAGGGCGAGCUACACUUGCGCGGCGGAGGUGGAGACGCUGCGAAACCGCAACCCCUGGCUGGCGCGCUCGCGCUCCCUGCCUGCGCCGCCAGGUUCACGCGCCCAACAUGCUUUGCGAUAAUACGGCAGCGACAGGAAACAACGGUCGCGCUUCGGGAAGCGAUAGUGUCGCACCACAUAAACGAUAAACAGAGGAGCGAACCAGUGCGGGUCCGCGGUCCGCUCUUGGGCUCCACGCAAAUGGACGGCAGAGACGUGGAGCUGCGCAUCCAUUUCACCCCCGGACACGUAGAGCUGCUCCAGGAGACGGUAGAUGUGCCGUUUCGGCGCGUUCUGGUGACCGGUGCGACCGGGCUGCUCGGACGUGCGGUCUACAGGGAGUUUCAGAACAACUCGUGGCACAUUUUGGGAUGCGGCUACAGCCGGGCUCGUCCUCGAUUCCUCCGAUGCAACUUAAUGGAUGAGGAUGCGGUUCGAGAAGUUAUCCAUAACUUCCAGCCGCACGUGAUCGUGCACUGUGCUGCCGAGAGAAGGCCAGAUGUGGUUGAGCGCCACACGGAAGCAGCCAUGAACCUGAACAUCCACGCAUCAGCAACUCUGGCCAAAGAGUCCGCAACAGCUGGGACGUUCCUGAUCUACAUCAGCACAGACUAUGUGUUUGAUGGGCGCAACCCCCCCUAUGGGGAGAAUGAUGCACCUAAUCCUUUGAACCUGUAUGGCAAGUCCAAGCUGGAGGGGGAGCGAGAGGUCCUGAGACAUAACCCAGGUGCCGCCGUGUUGCGUGUGCCCGUCCUGUACGGGGAGGUGGAGCGUGUGGAUGAGAGCGCAGUGACGGUGCUCUGGGACCGUGUGCAGGAGAGCUGCGAAAGCAGCACCGUGGACCACUGCCAGCAGCGCUUCCCCACCUACGUCAACGAUGUAGCACGCCUGUGUCGACUGAUGGCCGAGCGUAGGCUGCAGGACUCAUCCCUGCGAGGGAUAUUUCACUACUCUGGCAAGGAACAGAUGACCAAGUAUGAAAUGGCCUGCGCCAUUGCAGAUGCCUUCAACUUGCCUAGCAGCCACCUAAUUCCGCUGACCGAGCAGCCGGCGGGGGCGGGGGCUCAGCGUCCUCACAACUCCCAGCUGGAGUGUUCGCGCCUCGAGUCGCUGGGGCUCGGCGUGGAGCCCACGCCCUUCAAAGUCGCCGUACGCGACAGCCUCUGGCCUUUCCUGUACGACAAGCGCUGGCGGCAGACGGUCUUCCACUGACGAUCAGGGUGGGAAAGUGCGACUCCCAACUGAGCUCGGUGUGAUGGUUUAACAUUAACCCGCUCUCUCCCUCAAAUCAUGUGGCUUUUUAAAAAAUUUUUUUUUUUUUUCUUUUUUCUAUGAACAUGUUUUGUUUAAUCAUUCUCUGUGAACCAGAUGUCUCACGUUCUCUUCCCUUUUGGCACUAGCACACAAUACUUAUGUCCGACCGAAAUGUUUUUUCACUCCAUUCCUCAUUUCCAUAGUUUCGGAUCAACGGUAUCUUUUGUCUGAGUUGAUUCACUCCCUCCUCCUGUUUAGCUUUCUGUGCUGUAUUUUUUUUUUUUUCUUCUUUCAGCUUUUUGGGUCCAGUUCAUUUCUGUGUUGUACUGUUGUAAUGUCUUGGACAUAAAUAUGAUCAGGAUUAUUAACAGACCAAGCUUUACUUGUUGUGGGAAAAACAAUUUUUGCCACUUUAAAGUGUGAUUAUUGCAGAAAAAUUAAGGAAAUAUUUUUUUGGGUGGUAGUUUGACCGCUUGCCCUUUGCAAUCAGUGUAAUUCUGUUUCCUGUCCACAC